CGGCGGAUACCAUAACAAUCUCGCGUUUACCCUUCAUAUAAAUGAUAAAUCUCUCCCUUACACCCUAACCGACUACGCUCUCUCGCUUUCGCUCUUAGCGACCAAAAACCAUUUAGAUUUAGCUCUCUUUUAAUUUUCUGAAAGAUUGAAUCCUCAUCUCUCUUUGUUUUCUUCCUGGAUUUUGAGAUAGAGGAGCAGAGAAAUUAUAGUUACAAAGGUAAGAUGCAAUCAAACCAAUCAAACGGUCCAGAUUCACAACAGGGAGGAGGAGGAGGAGGAGGAGGAGGGCAGGAGCAGAAUCAGCGGCCGCAACCGCAGUGGAUAGGGAUGCAGUAUCCAGCGGCUGCUAUGGUAAUGCAGCAUCAGAUGAUGCCACCACAACAUUAUGGACCGCCGCCGCCACCACAGCACUACAUGGCCUACCACCAGUACCAGCAUCAUUUUCAUCCACACGCACAACACCCGCAGCAACAGCAAGGAUCUAGCGCCGAGAACAAGACUAUCUGGGUCGGGGAUUUGCAUCACUGGAUGGACGAGAGUUACCUCCAUAACUGCUUCGCUUCCACUGGGGAGAUUACCUCCAUUAAGCUUAUUCGCAAUAAGCAGACCGGUUUAUCUGAGGGCUAUGGAUUUGUGGAAUUUUUUACAUAUGCUACAGCUGAGAAAGUUCUGCAGAGCUACACUAGCAUUUUGAUGCCAAAUACAGAACAGCCAUUCCGUUUGAACUGGGCAACAUUUAGCACAGGUGAAAAGCGUUCAGAUAAUGGUCCUGAUCUCUCUAUAUUUGUAGGAGAUUUGGCUUCAGAUGUUACUGAUAGCUUGUUGCAUGAGACUUUUGCCAGUAAAUAUCCUUCUGUUAAAGCUGCAAAAAUUGUCAUUGAUUCGAAUACUGGACGUUCCAAAGGUUAUGGUUUUGUGAGGUUUGGAGAUGACAGUGAAAGAACACAAGCCAUGACUGAAAUGAAUGGUGUAUAUUGUUCUAGCAGGCCAAUGCGCAUUGGAGCUGCAACUCCCAGGAAGUCAUCUGGAUAUCAACAAGGUGGAUAUGCAUCAAAUGGUGGCUCGGCCCAAGGCACUCAAUCUGAUGGAGAUUCUACAAACACGACAAUAUUUGUUGGAGGGCUGGACCCAAGUGUUACUGAUGAAGAUCUCAAGCGGCCAUUUUCUGAGUAUGGUGAGAUAAUCUCUGUUAAAAUACCUGUUCGAAAAGGGUGUGGGUUUGUACAGUUUGCCAGCAGAAAUAAUGCUGAGGAGGCAUUGCAGAAAUUGAAUGGAACAGUAAUAGGCAGGCAAACAGUGCGUCUUUCUUGGGGUCGCAAUCCAGCACAUAAGCAGCAGUUUAGAGCAGACUAUGGCAAUCAAUGGGGUGGACCAUACUAUGGAGGGCCAGUUUAUGAUGGUUACGGAUAUGCUUUGCCACCACGUCACGACCCAGGCAUGUAUGCAGCUGCAGCUUAUGGAACUUACCCUGUUUAUGGUGGCCACCAGGAGCAAGUAAGCUGAUUUAACUGCGCCAGAAUAUGUAGUUGUAGUGAUUAGACACUAUCAGACGCCACCAUGCUAGAAGAGGCAAAUUUGCCAGCCAUCUCUGUAGGGCUUUUGGUUCUGUAGAAUUCUUAUAAAUCCCUCCAUUUUGGGGAGCGGAACUGAAUUUUGAUGACUGAGGCAAUUUCUUGGAGUAUCUGGUUGAAACAUUUGAUUAGAAUUAAGGUAGUUGGAAAGAAACUAAAUUGUUGGAAUAGUUGAGUUUGCCGAUGCAUGGAGUAACAUGCUCCAUGAAUAAAAACUCUGUUAUAUAU